ACAAACGUCCAGUUUGAGUCGAAAAAAGACGUCAUGUCUCCUGCUAAAGGAACCGGUGUCUUGGCUCUUUUCCACAGUGCCAUGAUAGUGAUUGCACUGAUCGACUCUGAUGAUGUCAUCACCCGAGAUGAGCAGAUCUACGUUCUGAUUGGUGCUCACGCCCGAUGUGAGAGGAACAUCCAGGCACAGUUGGCCCUGGUUCAAGAAGGUGACUGUGUCCCCGAGUGGGACGGGAUCAUCUGCUGGCCGCGGAGCAGGGCGGGUCAGCUGGUGUCAGUGCUGUGUCCAGAGUACAUCUACGACUUCAACCACAGAGGACAAGCUUACCGACAGUGUGACGUGUCAGGAAACUGGGAGCAGGUUGCCAGUAUCAACCGCACUUGGGCUAACUACUCCGAGUGCACCACAUACCUGACCUCCAACCACAGGAUUCAAGAGGAGAAGGUGUUUGAGAGACUCCACCUCAUGUACACUGUCGGAUAUUCCAUUUCUCUAGCAUCACUGUUGGUAGCCGUCUCCAUCCUCUGCUAUUUCAAGCGGCUCCACUGCACACGCAAUUACAUCCACAUUCACCUCUUCACCUCCUUCAUAAGUCGGGCAGUCAGCAUUUUUGUGAAGGACACCGUGCUCUACUCCAUAUCUGAAGACAGAGAGGAUGACUUCAAUGCAUUGAAGCCCCCUAUGGCCGGCUGUAAAGCGGCCGUCACUCUCUUUCUUUAUUUCCUGGCGACCAAUCAUUACUGGAUCCUGGUGGAGGGGUUGUAUCUUCAUAGCCUCAUCUUCAUGGCCUUCCUCUCUGACAAGAACUACCUGUGGGCCCUCACCAUCAUCGGCUGGGGUGUUCCAGCUGUGUUCGUGUCUGUCUGGGUCAGUGCUCGAGCAUCGCUGGCGGACACACAAUGUUGGGACAUCAGUGCAGGGAACCUGAAGUGGAUCUAUCAAGUUCCCAUUCUGGCAGCCAUUGUUGUGAAUUUUCUCCUCUUUGUUAAUAUAAUACGUGUACUGGCCUCUAAACUGUGGGAAACAAACACUGGUAAAUUGGACCCUCGGCAGCAGUAUCGGAAGCUGCUGAAGUCCACAUUAGUCCUCAUGCCGUUGUUUGGAGUUCACUACAUGGUGUUCAUGGCUCUCCCCUACACUGAGGUCACAGGGCUGCUGUGGCAGGUUCAAAUGCAUUACGAGAUGUUCUUCAAUUCAUCUCAGGGCUUUUUUGUGGCAUUCAUCUACUGUUUCUGCAAUGGAGAGGUGCAGGCGGAGGUAAAGAAGGCGUGGUUAAGACGCAGCCUCGCUCUGGACCUCAAGCAGAAAGCCAAGAUGACCAGCAGCGGAGGCAGCUGUUACUAUGGCGGCAUGAUGUCUCACACCACCACACAUAGCGUCAGUCUGUCUGCUGCCAACCCCCGGGCUCUGUCCUCAGGAGGAGCCUCGGGCAGCGGGGCAGGGGUCAGGCCGCCACGCCACGGCUCUUUCCACCCGCAGAGCAGCCUGCCUGGAUACGUGCCCGGUGAUGCUGAGACCCCCGACCCCCAGCAGGAGCUGCCAGUGAGGAAACCAUCCGGGACGGAGAAGGGAGUUUUUGCUAGGCACACCAGAGCCAGCAAGGAAAAUCAUGACAGCACAACUCAUGGAGCACCUGAGGCACAAAACCCAGGAGCAGAAGAUCCAGACAGCAGCUUAUCUCUGAAAGAGCUGGAGACCAUCCUGUGAAUGUUUUCAGUAUUUGAGAGAUGAGCAUAAACGAAGUUUUGUAA